CAUCCGAUAAGUGGUCGCGUCUAAAGAUGUGGAAGUACAAUUUAUUCAUAGUUUUAACGUGUCUGUGUGCAAGGGCUACAAGUUUUGAAAUUUUUGACGAGGCAAAUCUUGUACCAGAAAUGUGUGAUGAAACUGAUGAAGAAAAUACUGGGGUAGAUUUUUUGCCCGAUGUAUUUGAUACAGUAAUUAAUAGUACCAAAAAUGUGAUAGAAAGCGUUCUGUUGCCUGAUUCAAAUACUACAGGUAAACAUGAUGACUUGAAUAGUACCAAGUGUAUCGGUAACGGGCUUCUGGACUUCAUACAAUGCGUGGUGGCAUCGAAAAUAGAAAGUUUUCGGCAAGAUCUUAGCGAGGUCGCAUUCCCCAAAACACGGCCAGGGGUCUUCAAGAGGCACAACAUGAACUCCAAGAUCCAGGGCAGCCUAGAGGAAUGGAUUAAGGAGUUUAUCAAGGACAUGGAUCCAGAUACAAAUUGUACAUCUGAUGAAUAAACUAUU